UGAUUGAUUAAUUGAUUAAAUGAUUCUUGAUUAAAAUCCGUUCAGAUUGUGACGCCCUUUCAUCAUUCGGUGUGUAUCGGAGAUUGAAGCAAACAGCCAUCGCAGCACUCAGCCGGUACAAAGUCACCUGCGAGAGGCCAAAAGUAGAUAUAUUUUACCCUCUGUUUUGUUGAGACGCGGGAAUUUUCUCGUCUUAGCUGUCUUCAAAUUGUAAAAAAGAACAGGGAUGCCCGUGGGUGACACCUGCGCAAUAAAACCAGUCUAAAAUCGAGUGAAUGGCGUCGGUUUAACUUAAACAGAGUGCGCAUGCACCGUUGUGGCUAUGUUGUAAGCGAACAGUAAAUGACAGCUGCAGGAAUGUCUGACUGAAUAAGAACGCAGGCGCGGCUAUGAAUUCUUUCGUUUCUUCAUAUGGCAGGGUUCCGCAAUGCGGUGGAAACGAAUGCUUCUUUCAGUGUACAUCAGUGCUAUUUUCAUGUUUACGAUAUACUUUGCUCAUCUAGCCUACAGGGACGAUAAUGCUCUAUUGAGAGAUUUGUUUAUAUUAGGUGAUAACGACAAUGACGAUAAACAGAUAGGGGAGGAAAAGCCGAAAGAACUGAAGAUCUGUGCACAAUGUGGCGAAAAGAUCGAAGGGAAGUUUUUGCUGCGAGCUUUGGACCAGUUUUGGCAUGAAGAGUGUCUGAAAUGUUCCUACUGCAGCACACAGCUGGCCGACUUGAGCUCCAAGUUUUACCACAAAGGAGAUUUAAUACUUUGUAAACGAGACUACAUCAGGCUGUUUGGUGCCACUGGAAUUUGUUCACAUUGCUCCAAGACAAUACCACCGCUGGAAAUGGUCAUGCAGGCUCGUGAACAUAUCUACCAUUCUGACUGCUUCGCUGGUCAAGUUUGCCAGUACAGAUUCUCCGUUGGAGACAAGUUUUUCCUUCACUUCCAUGUAGUCCUGUAUGAGGCUGAUUACUAUGACGUCACAAGUAUUUUCCAGCAAAUUCCUUACUACAUGUGACAUCUUGAAUUAAUAAAUGCAUAUUUGAAUCCGAGGCCAUUUUUGAAAUUUUGUAAACUCUUUGCAGGAGAACGAGAAUCGGGUUGAGCUUGAAAUGAUAUGCUGUAUUGCUGCUUUUCAGUGUCACGCAAUUCAGAAUAGAUCAAAAUAAAAAACAAAACCG